UUUUGCUUCCAAAAAAUGGACUCAGAAAGACAGGGACAGCAUCACUUAGAAUGUCAAGCCUGCAGGGUGAUACCGAAAGGCCCCGUGCAAUGGUACUGCAAGGAACACAAAAUUGAUCUUUGCGACAAUUGCAAAAGCUCACAUGCAUCAAAACCUUGCGAGGUCGUGACCUACAAAGAAAAAUUCCAAGAACGUCUUAUGGAAAACCCAGUUAUGUCAAAGGAAGUUAAAUGCCCCUUGAGCUUUCUUAGAGACAUAGGAAUUGCCGGCAAAGACCAGUUCUGGCUUUUGAGCUCGAGGAGUGACACCAUCAAGCUUAUUGAUUCUAAUGGCAAAGAAAUCAAAAGUGUCAAGGCUUCUGCUCAACCAAUGCGAUUGGCUGUAUCACAUGACCAGAAGUCAGUUUUCUUUACCGUUCCCAGUGAAAAUCUUGUGAUGAAAAUGGACGCGAAAUCGGGAAAAAUCACUCGCUUGUUUUCAACUGGCGACUUUGAACCCAUAGGAAUAGGUUCAUGUAGAUCAGGCGAUCUUUUAGUUUGCCUGUAUAAUUCAAAAGACAUUUUCGGGAAAGUUGUCAAAUAUAGCCAAUCAGGUCAACCAAUUAUGGAAAUUGAACGAGACGGAAGCAAAAGGAGCAUCUACACAAAACCGCAUUACGUCAUCGAAAACAAAAAUGGCGGAAUUUGCGUUUCCGACUACAGUAAGCGUGAGGUUAUCCUGGUGGCCGCUAACGGAGAGUUUCAGUUUUCCUACGACGGAAAUAAAGCCAGGAAAGUCGUCGAGAAUUUCACCCCCGAGGGAAUCGCUACGGAUAGUCGGGGAAACUAUCUAGUGGCUGAUCAUUGGAACAACACCGUGCACAUCAUCAAGGAAAAUGGCGCCUUUGUCAGCUAUCUGCUUUUUGGGAAAAUCGAGGGUCCCACGGGGAUUACUGUUGACGACGAGGAUAAGCUCUGGGUGUGUGAGUUCGGUACAGAUGACGGCACUGUCAAGGUCAUAUCCUACCUUCAAUAACAUAAUUAUGACGGUAUCAAUAUUUUCAAGGUUCUGUCAUACCUUCAAUAACAUAUAACGAUAUUGUCAAGGUCAUGUCCUACCUUCAAUAAUGGCUAACUUUUACAUUUUAUAAUGCAUAUGUUUUAUUUGAAAUAACACAUUUAUUGUUUACUAAUAUAAUUUGUUUCAC